AUGCAAGUCGCGGGGGCGCCUCGGUCAUGGCUGCGCAGCGGCAAGCCCCCGCCAAUGGCCGGGGCAGCAUUGCGGGGGGGCCGGGGCGUCCGCUUGAGCAUACGCGGCAGGAGGACGGGCCUUGAGGGGGGAUGGCUGGGCCGCAUUCAGGCUGUCGCGUCGCCAACCAAGGAAUCGGAGAAAAAAGCAGUCGAUCAAGGCACAAAGGGUCCGGGGCUCCCUGAAGGAACGCCGGUGGUUUUGGCCACCGCACAAGAAGCGCCGUAUCCUGAAGACUCCGCUUCUGGCCUCUUCAAUGUGGCUUACAAGAGGGUCCUGAGGGAGUUGUCGUCUUUUCCCAGAGCGAUUGGCGUCUUGGCGCUCAUCGGCUUCUGCAGCGCAGUCGGGACCGUCGUUGAGCAGAACAAGCCGGUCACAUGGUACAUGGAGAACUACCCAAACACGGGCCCCAAGAUGUUUGGUUUCCUGACUUACGACUUGCUCUACUUCCUCCAAUGGGACCACAUCUACACCUGCUGGUACUUCCUGCUACUCAUGGCACUCCUUGCAAGCCAGCUGGUGGCCUGCACGUACACAAGACAAUUUCCCAUCGCCAAGGUUGCACAGCGAUGGCAGUUUGCAACAACACCAGAGGCAGUGGCCAGAAAAGGAGACAUUGCAGAAACGCUGCCUGACGCCAGGAUACAGGACCUGGGGGGCCUGCUCAACGAAAAGGGAUACCAGGUGUGCUUGAAGGACAGCAGCCUUUACGCCUUCAAGGGGCUUGCAGGGCGGUUUGCACCAAUCGGCGUGCACAUUGCCAUGCUCUUGAUCAUGGGAGGUGUGAUAUAUGGCGCUUUUGGAGGUUUCAAGGGCACAGCCAUGGUUCCACAGGGUCGGGACUUUGUGAUGGCUGAUGCACUUGUGCCCAACUCGUUUUUUUCUACCCUUCCGGAUGCUGCGAAGAACACACUGAGGGUACAUGACUUCAGCAUCGACUACAGGUCUGAUGGUAGCAUCGCACAAUUUUAUUCUGACCUCUCUGUUGAGGACCAGGAUGGAAGGGAACUCAAGCGCAAGACCAUUUCAGUGAACGACCCAUUCAGAUAUGGUGGGCUCACAAUGUACCAGACAGACUGGUCAAUGGCAGCCAUCAGUGUGAAAGCAGUGGGGUCCCCACUGCAGCCAGACAAUGGCGAGUUCAUAAAGCUGCCGAUGGCCUCGUUGGAAGGCCGAAAGGAUGUGAGCGGGCGAGUGUGGGCUACCUUCAUCCCUAUGCCUGAGGAUGCAUCGGAGGGAGGGCCUCCACGAGGUGUAUCAGUUUUGGCAAAGGAUUUCCAGACUGUUGUCCUGUACGACAGCAAUGGGGAAUUUGCCGGAGUGAGGAGACCAGGGUCUGGCAAGGUCAUAUCUGUAGAUGGAAUGGACAUCACCAUUGGCGACGUUUUAGGCAGCACUGGAUUGGAGAUGAAGGUGGACCCAGGGGUACCCCUGGUGUACGCAGGAUUCGCAGGGCUCAUGCUCACCUCCCUGCUCAGCUACCUGUCCCACUCGCAAGUCUGGGCAUGUCAGAAGGACAAGGACAUUCACGUGUCCGGAAAGACCAACAGGGCGAAGGUGGUAUUCGGAUUGGAGCUGUCCGCCUUGCUUGACAAGGUGCCCGAAGUGGCACCGCCACCCAAGGCCACCGCUAACUGA